UCUGAACACAGCUCGAAGGACUGGAGCCUACAGUCAGGCUCACAAAGGCUCGGCACUGCCUCCGCGGUCCCUGAAACUACCCACAGCUCUACGUAGCUAACAAAGAGCGGACGAACAUCCAUGGGAUUAUUAUUUAGAGACUCGCACCUUAUUUUCGACCCGACAGCCGCAGUUGACUAUCAUAUUUGAAGGUCAAAAACGGAACGUAGGCUCUGAGGUAGCGGCGGUACCUUUGGGGAUCAGACAGCGCCCGCGCGCUCCGCAAACGUUCGUCAUCCAGGGAUUGUGAAGAAGUGAUGAGAAGAGGAAGACAGGAGAGCGGGGAGAGGGAGUGAGAAGAAGCUUCAAAGAGGACGGGACGGAAAACGGAGAGGGAGAGAGAGAGAGCGGCAGAGAGAGAGAGAAAAGCAGAAGAGAGAGUGACCGAGAGAGGGAGAGAGGGAGGGGCAGGCUUGCCGGGCGGCUCAACGGAAGGUCUGGAUGCUAACCCCCGCCGGCCCCCCCCAGCUCUCACAGAGAUGGCCUCCAACUUCAACGACAUCGUGAAGCAGGGCUACGUCCGCAUGCGGAGCCGGAAGCUGGGGAUCUACCGUCGCUGCUGGCUGGUGUUCAAGAAGUCCUCCAGCAAAGGGCCGCGCAGACUGGAGAAGUACCCUGAUGAGAAGUCAGCCUACAUCCGGGCCUGCCCCAAGGUGACGGAGAUCAGUAAUGUGAAGAACGUGACCAGGCUCCCUCGGGACACUAAGAGGCAGGCGGUGGCCAUAGUGUUCACCGACGACACAUCUCGAACCUUCACCUGUGACUCAGAGCUGGAGGCAGAGGAGUGGUUCAAGACCCUGUCAAUUGAGUGCCUGGGGACCCGCCUCAAUGACAUCAGCCUGGGGGAGCCAGACCUGCUGGCAGCGGGGGUGCAGUGUGAGCACACAGAGCGGUUCAACGUGUUCCUGUUGCCCUGUCCCAACCUGGACAUCUACGGGGAGUGCAUGAUGCAGAUCACCCACGAGAACAUCUACCUGUGGGACAUCCACAACCCGCGUACCAAGCUGGUCACCUGGCCCCUCUGCUCCCUGCGUCGCUACGGACGAGACGCCACGCGCUUCACCUUCGAGGCUGGCAGGAUGUGUGACAGUGGGGAGGGGCUGUACACCUUCCAGACGCGGGAGGGAGAGCAGAUCUACCAGAGGGUCCACUCUGCCACACUCGCCAUCGCUGAGCAGCACAAGAGAGCCCUGCUGGAGCUGGAGAAGAACAGCAGGUUGCUGUCGAAAGGCUCGGAGGCAGGUUCGUACCCCUGCACCCCCACGGCCAUCCUGCCCCGCAGUGCCUUCUGGCACCACAUCACGGGCACGCCCGCCGGACUGGACAGCGCCAACGGUGACCUGUUCGGUGGUUCGCAGAUGGACCCUGAGUCAGACCUGCUGCCCACACGCCUGCCCACAGAACGCCACAGCACCGUUCCCCUCCGUCACAGCCGGCACCCCCCCGGACACUACCCCUCCUACCCCAGCCAGUGAGGGGCGCUGUGGGCCCUCUUCCUUACCACCUCGUAUCUCACCCUCUCCUCUUCACUGGAGCACAGGACUUCAUUUCACCUUCCUGCCCCCACCCACCCUACCACAACCCCACCCCACUCUACCCCAAAAGCACCACCCCCCCUUGGGCCAGUGAGGGGGUGGAAGGAUGCCAGGCAGUGGGGGGCAGGGUCUGAGGGAAUGCCCCCCCCCCCUUCUCGAAAGACGGGAGGAGCCAGGCCAUGCAGCCACCACAUCUCCCAGCAAGACUACAACUCCCAGCAAGCCCCAGGGAGGAGCAGACAGGAAGUCCUGAAGAUGGAGAGGUCUGGAGCUGGAGGCUGACCCGGCGUAGUCGCAUUGGCCACGUAGCCAGACGCUUUUGUUUAUUCGUGACCCUUAUCUGUGUGAAUCUCUCUUGUGCAUGCCCCGUCAGAGAGGAACGUCAUGGCAAACGUGUGUGUGUGUGUGUUUGUGUGGGGGAAAGGAGGAAGGUUCCCUUGCGAUGCCUCCUGUGGUUUGAUUACCCCCGGACUGGUUUUGCUUUGGUCGUCAUGGUCCCUUUAGGGUUGCCAGGCUGACCUGGACAGACUUCUCCACCUCCUCGUGUGAGCCGAGUCCCGUCGAGGGUCCGGAGACAGAGUCGCACCCUGCUGCAAGUCUUCAGCACACAAGAAAAACCUGACGCUGGACAAACCAACAGCCCACAUGGUUCUGCAGCAUGAUUACAGUGUGGCUUGUAGCUCGCUUGAAUCCCUUCGACACACACAAAAGUCUGUAAGCUAAGAGGGUUCUGUCUCUCCAUUGAAAAUAAAUGCACAAUUACCCAUAAUCGCACAGGCAAGUCUCAGUGCUUGAGGAAGACAGAGCUUCAGUAGCCUUUCCCGGAAAAGAAGACGAAAGUCUGUCGUUUUCUUUCUCUUCCAUCCCUCUCUCAUUUUUUGUAGCUGACGGAGCAACUUGGACAAAUCUCUGUCCUCACCUCAAUUCUGAAUUCUGCUCGGGGCAAUCAGAAUGACCGGCACUGAGUUUGUACAGCAUUUGCAGAGAGGAGAGCAGCCAUUGGUCGGACCACAGGCAUGACUUUCCAGAGAUGUUUACGUCUUGUUUUUCAUUCAUCCAAUCAGAGGUCUUCUUCAUUUAGUAAUGGCAAAGUUCACUGGUGGGAGAGGUGGGUGUGGUUUCUUGAGUCUGCCUCUUUUUUUGGGAAUGUUGAAUCCUCUUCCCCGCUGUUUGUGAAAGAUCUGGGAAAGAAACCAGGCCAGGACCGGAAGAGACAGAUGAGAACGAGUGAAACUUCAGAUGUCUUAAUUUAUCCUUUACAAAAGAACCCACAUCUGAAUAAAACAUCAUGUAUCUUAGGACUUUGUGUUCCUAAAUGUUCAUACGUUUCCUUUCCUAAAACUAAUGUGAUGGUGGUGAUGAUGAUGAAGAUGAUAAUGAUUAUAAUAACUGUUAUUUGUGGGUGUUUAUUUCUUAUUUUGCUCCAUGAUGUUUUUGUUCUGACAGUAAUCUCGGUUACAGACCCGCAUGGUCUUGAAGUAACUUUUGCACUUAGAGUGAUGACUUUAAACAAUCUCUUUUAGACAACUCGGGAGAAAAUAGUUCUUCUAUCUGAGAGGUUGUUUUCUGAGUGUGAGCGAUAGGCACGGAGCGAGCUGUGGUCGGCGGAAUUCCCCAAGGUCGCGAGGUAGGGCAAUGAAACCUUCCCCUUCAUUUCUGUCCCGCCUGUCGAGCACGACCUCUAGGACGACCUUCACACCAAAUAAUUUCUUUAGGGCUAGGGAAGGUGUUCCACUCUGGCAGAGAGUGAUCUUACCCGCCCAGGACCGCAACCGCUGUUCAUGAACAUCAUGUCCCAUAAUGCACUGCCCACAUCUUUUCCGCUCGUUAACCCUAGCUUGCCUUCACCAAACUGGAAUUCAUUUUCUGUAUCGGAAGUUUAUAUAUUGUGCUUUAGUAUUGUAUAGGGUGAUAGGUUGUGGGAGGGUAUUACUGACUGGCUAGUGAGGGAUAUUACUGAAUGACUAUUGCGAUGGUAUCAUUGUGACUAUUGGGAGGAUAUUACUGAACACCCUCCCAAUGGGGGGUAUCACUGAAUGACUAUUGGGAGGGUAUUACUGAGUGACUAUUGGAAGGGUGUUACUGAAUGACUAUUGGAAGCAGUCUGGAUGAGGUGCGGAAUAUAAGCUCUUCAAACGAAAGCUAGACGAACGGCGGUUUUGCCAAUAAAGUUGACAUUCCCGAAUUACUCGCACCCUGCAUAAGACUGAAUGACUGGUAAGGGUAUUACUGAAUGACUAUUGAGAAGGGUGUUACUGAAUGACUAUUGGAAGGGUGUUACUGAAUUACUGGUAGGGGUAUUACUAAAUGACUAUUGAGAGGUUAUUACUGAAUGACUAGUGGGAGGGUAUUACUGAAUGACUAGUGGGAGGGUGUUACUGAAUGACUAGUGGGAAGGUGUUACUGAAUGACUGGUAGGGGUAUUACUGAAUGGUUACUGGGAGGGUAUUACUGAAUGACUAGUGGGAAGUUAUUUCUGAUUGAUGGACAGGGCUGAUCUCUUUAAACUCAGCUCUCACUUCCUCAUUCCCACUGUAUUGUUUCUCAUCACUCUCACAUCCUUUUUUGAGGGACAGUUCCUGCUGACAUAUUAACGUUUUAUGUGAUUGCACAUAGAGUAAAAGGGAUGAAGGGACCGUUUUGGGCACAUAAGUCCAUGAGCACAUGCGGGGUUACAUUGCUAAAGUGGGACUGUUGGUUUGUCCUGGAUUACUGCAGCUGUGGAUAGGUUUGGCUUGUGUUCAGCAAGGUCUGCUAGAGUGGAACACCUUUAUGUCUAAGGCUAGUUAUACAAUGCUGGAAUCUAAUAAAGACCACACGUGUAUGUAUAAUUUAUUCCAUGUUAACUUUAAGAAGGGCUAAGCUUUUGUUGAACAUAUCUCUUCCUUUAGUGUCAUGUACAGCUAUAUAAUCUGUUAUAUUGUUAUAUUGUUGGUGCCCAUCGGGCCCAAAUAUUUAUUUCACACGGUGUGUGUGUGAGAGAGAGAGACUUUUGGGAAGGGAAGAUUAGAUUUCUGUCCUUUAUGUAUGCCAUGAAAAGCUGCACACGUUGUGUAAUGGUGGGGAAACGAUGCCAGAUGUUAUAUUGUUUAUCCAGAAGUGUCUGUUGCUGAGCGUGUGAAGC